AUGAAUUACUACUGGGUGAGUUUGUCCUGCUCUGAAUAUAAUUAUUGUACUGCGUCACUAGCAGGUGCAUGACAGAAAAUAAAUACAUAGUUAAAGUACAGGUGGAGUUUUUCUGAUCUCUUAAUACGCAUACUCACCCAUGGAGCACGGACAGGCUGAGUCUCCUCCCUUAUAUGAUUCUGUGGUGGAUUACAACACGCCUCCACCUUUAUAUCCGAGUCUUGAGACACUGUCAGCCACCCAAGCCCAGCCAUACCACAUACCUCAGCCAGUACAUCAAACACCUGCUCCUGGUGUAGUACAGACAAUCCCGACACAGAGAAGUCAAAUUCCCUUUUUCAGGAACAAAAGGUAUUGCUAUGGCGGGUCGAGUGGUACUGCUGUUCUAGUUGUUCUGGUUGUAAUUGCCGUCUGGCUGGGAGUGCGUUAUGGGCCGUCACUGUGGGCUCUCUCAGAGAAAGAAACAGAGACAGACACAUGCCCCCCUUUAUCAGUCAACUGUGAUGGGAAGAGAGACUGUUCUCAAGGCAGUGAUGAAUCUCGCUGUGUGCGGUUUGGUACAGCAAAUGAACUGCAGGUCAUGACCUCUAAGACCAAAAGCUUCCUUCCCGUCUGUGCACAGGGCUGGAGUAAAACCAUAGCAGACCAAACCUGCCAACAGCUUGGUUUCAGACAGAGUUAUAAAGAUGAUGUCUUGCAAACCAGCUCAUCUGCCUUUCAAAGUUUGAACAAUCAGUUUACAAAUACCAUCCAGGGGAGCGUUAAUAUGAGUGCAUCCUGUCCUGGUCAGAAGACUGUGUCCCUGCAGUGCAGCAAGUGUGGACAGCCAACAGGAUCGAGGAUCAUAGGGGGGAGUGUGGCUGCUGACGGUCAGUGGCCGUGGCAGGCCAGUCUGCACUUCCAAGGGUUUCACACAUGUGGAGGAACUCUGGUGGCUCCAGACUUCAUCAUUACUGCUGCUCACUGCUUCCCCAAAGGAACAUCCGGCUCUCAGUUGCCUAAUAACUGGAAAGUGUAUAUUGGUUUGGUGUCCCAGCUCCGGCCUCCCAGCCCAUAUUCUGUAAAGCAAAUCAUUUUACAUGAGAAUUAUGACUCAGCAACAAAAAACAAUGAUAUCGCCUUGCUUAAACUCAGUAAACCUGCCAGUGAUAUACAGCCUGUCUGCCUGCCUGUGUUUGGCCAGAUCUUUCCAACUGCCAAACAGUGCUGGACCACAGGUUUUGGAGUUACCUCUGAAGGGGCAGAUAGUAGUUCCACUCUUUUGAUGGAGGUCGCGGUAGACCUGAUAGACUCAGCUGUGUGUAACUCAAACACUGUUUACGGCGGACGUAUCACUGAGCAAAUGCGGUGUGCAGGAGAUCUUAAGGGAAGGAAAGACUCCUGCCAGGGCGACAGUGGGGGUCCACUGGUGUGUAAAGUUGAUGACAAAUGGUAUCUCACAGGCGUAACAAGUUGGGGUGAUGGCUGUGGAAGGCAGAACCGUCCAGGGGUCUACAGUAAUGUGGGGCAACUUUUAAUGUGGAUAUAUGGCAAGAUGCAGCAACAGCGACCGUGACCUUCUACUCUGCUGUUUUAUGUACCAAAAUAUAUUUUUAAUUUUUUUUUAAAGUGACAGUUCACAGUAACAUGCACUUUUGCAGUAAAUAUAUAUUUCUGUAAAAAUUUUAAUUCAUUAUUUAAAUCAUGAAAAUCCAAAAAGUCUUUAUUCCUUUUGUAAAUGUGUCUGUAAUGAUUUUAUUUUGGAGAUAUUAAUGUUCCUGAAUACAACAUGGAUUACAUUACUGUAUCUAUCUGGAACAAAGUACCAGAAAAUUUUAGCUGUACAAUUCUCUCUGAAUCUCACUGUAUAUUGUGUAUUAUAUGUACUGAGCAGGUCUACUAUUGAGGAGGAACUUAUGUUUCCUAGCAAUACAUGUUACAUGUAAAGAUUUCCAAUAAUAUGUUAAUUUGAAUACAGUGGAGCAGCAUAUUGAACUGAAGUGUCUUUCACUCUGAGAAUAAAGCAGCAGGCUGCGAUGGUUUUACUUUUGAUUUCUACUGAAAAAUAAAACAGUAAUACUGUUCUUGAAGACCAUUUCUUUUCCGUCUAAACUGUGAAAGUUUGCAGGAUCUUUCAACUUAGUCAUAAUCAUUAACUUUAGAAAGACUACACCACUUGGUGCCUUUUUACACGCUAUAGCUUUAUUUUCCAACUUUUUAAAAUGAGAGAAAGAAAACUAAAACCUGAUCUUUAUGUGGACACUAUUUUCCACUUGUACUUAUUUGAAAACAAGAGUAAACAGAAGCAAUCUGUUAGAUUAAAUACUUCCGCACAAAACUAAAGUGAUUAGUUAUGUAUUUGUUCUACACUUAUUUAUGUGUUCUUUAAAAAAUGGCAGACUAAUUUUUAACCACCCACUGAAAUAGAACUAACAGAUAAACAAACAGUUUUGAAUUCU